GAGGAAAAGCUCAAGGUGACUGCAUUAGAGGGCAAAAGUGAUGGAAGUAAUGACGUAAAUUUUGAGGAAGCAAAGGACAUAGCUGCUGAUGAUAGAGGUGACAAGGAUGACAGUGUUGGCAAUGUCGAUAACAAUGAUGAUGAUGAUGGUGAUGAUGAUGAUGAUGAGGAAGAUGACCAACACCUUAUGGUGAUCGAAACACCUGAAGGACUAACCCUUGUUGAACCAGCAGAGAAUUCCUCUUUUUAUAUUGUACAAGAAAAUGAAGGGCAAGAAACUCCACCAAGUAUGACUAAACCGCCGCAUCUUAUUUACGAUACAUUGUGA